AUGUUUGGAUUAACUGGAAAAUUUCAAAGUCGCCGUGAGUCUGAUUUGGAACAAGAAUCCAAUUUAACAACUAAUCCAAAAAAUGAUUACCAAAAAUCAAAAUAUGGAACAGGAUAUCGAAAUGGUUCAAAAUGGUCAUCUGAUUGGAGUAGAAGCAGUAAUACAUCAAAUACUUCACCGGAACAUCCUAUAACAUUUGAAGUAACAAGCAGUGGUAGAAGAUGGCUAAUUUGCAUGCUUAUUGCUGUAUCUUUACUUCUUUUCUUACUUAUUACUGCAAUAAUAAUCGCAUAUGCAAUGAAUGUGCUUAUUAUCAAAUUUCCAUCAUCAACCACAACUCAUCAACCAUAUCCAUUUAUCACUUCCACCUUAUCACCAAAUUUUACCAUUCAACCAUUUCCACCACUAUUUCCCACUCCAAUACCACCAUAUAAGCCACCAAUCAUCACAACACUUCCAAUUCCAACAGAUCAUCUUCAAAAACAAACAUUCCUCUGCCAAAUAUUUCUCUUAAAUCAGGCUAAUGAAAUUUAUGCAAAUCAUAAUCGUUUCGAAUAUCAACAAACAUCACAAAUGAUUCAGAAUGUGAUAUACAACCAACUUAAGCAAACGCCUUUACGGCCAUAUCUGGAAAAUGUUUAUGUGUGGUAUUUGUAUAAUAGUGGUCCUGAUCUUGCUGUCGAAUUUUCCAUCAUAUUGCUUACACCAUCACAUCCAAAUAUUGGUGUAACAUCGGUAAAAAAUGUUUUCAUUAGCGUUUUACCGGAAAUUGAAGAUCAAUUAAAUGGUACUCAUAUUGAUAAAAAUAAAAUUUCCAUACAAUACCUUAAUCAUCAUUAA